GAUUUACAUAACACUGAACAAGUAGUUCAACGUGUAUAUGACUUAGUGAUGACUCAUCAGAUCAUGUCCCCGCAAUUCAGUACUCUCCUUCGCUGUGAGUGCACGGCUUUCGCAAAACAUGUUGAACAUUUUGUCGAGUUAUUGUUCGAAUUUACGAUUAGUAACCAGGAACUAGCUUUAUUUGAUCAAAAUAGUGAAUACGUCAGUAGAAGAGAAUAUCGGCGAAGACUGUCUAAUAUGAAUUUUGUGCCUCUCAGCAAUGAUAUGGAUGAGGAGGAGAUUUCAAUGGAGGAUGAAAAUUAUUUUCCAAUGAAUAAUCGGAAUGGAAGCAGAUUCACUACAGAUAAUAGAAUUUCACCAUCAUACUUUCAUUUCAUGGCUGCUUAUACAGAUGCGCUUAUGAGUCUACAACGUUUCAUUCUUAUUCUUGAAACAACUGAUGAAACACUUUCGCAAGCUGAUGAAAGGGUGUUGGUCGAUACUGUGGAUGAGCUUGUCGAAACAUAUGCACAGCAUCGACAUCGAGUGCAAAAUCGCCAUGGAAAUUCAAGUCAGCUGGAAAAUGCAGACCGUCAGAAUAGUGUAGUCAUGAGUGAUGCUGGAAACGAACAGAGUGGUAACAGUGAAGACAGGGUACCUGUUGCUCGUCCUGCAGAUGCACGGCAGUCACGUCGACGUCCUUAUCGAUUGAUUAAUGUGGAAACGCUUGCCGAGGCCUUGACUUCAAAUUCGGUAUUGUCUAGAAAUCCUGAGCAAAGAAGGCGCGUUUUGGAUAGUUUCUUAGGUAGUUUUGACUCAAUGUUGGCCGAAAAUUAUUUUAUUGGAACAAGUGUGGCGCCUUUGCCAAGUGUAUCUUCUACAUCGAAUGCAGUGAUUGAUUCAGGAGAGCUCAAUACUUUAGAUGGUGAUGACGAUGAUAACGAUAGUGAUGAUGAGGAUAAUGAAAUAAUGGUUGUAGAUAGCUCAUUAUUGACUAGAGAAAAUGGCCACGCAAGUAAUAGUGGCAGCGACAUUGGUAUGGAUGAUAUACCACGAAAUCAAUCUGAUGGAGGGCAUGAGAACACUAACAUGUGCUAA